AUGUUGGCCAAAAUCCCCUACAUUGCCUUCAUCAUCUACACAAUGUCGGUUAUUGAAGCCAAAAUCCCCGGAAUUUACUCUGGUGGUCAAUGGCAAACUGCUCAUGCAACUUUCUAUGGCGGAUCUGAUGCUUCCGGCACCAUGGGUGGAGCAUGUGGUUAUGGAAACUUGUACAGUCAAGGUUACGGAGUGAACACGGCGGCAUUGAGUACUGCUUUGUUCAACAGUGGUCUGAGCUGUGGUGCUUGUUUUGAGAUAAAGUGUGAUAACGACAGAGAAUGGUGCCAUUCGGGAAGUCCUUCCAUUCUGAUAACUGCAACUAACUUUUGUCCUCCUAAUUUUGCUCUUCCUAAUGAUAAUGGCGGUUGGUGUAACCCUCCUCGUCCUCACUUUGAUCUCGCCAUGCCUAUGUUUCUUAAGAUUGCUGAGUAUCGCGCUGGGAUCGUCCCUGUUGCUUAUCGCAGGGUGCCAUGUAGAAAGCGCGGGGGAAUAAGAUUCACGGUGAAUGGAUUCCGUUACUUUAACCUGGUGCUGAUUAGCAACGUGGCGGGUGCUGGUGAUAUCGUGCGCGCGUACGUGAAAGGAACCCGAACCGGGUGGAUGCCACUGAGCCGAAACUGGGGUCAGAACUGGCAAUCUAACGCGGUUUUGGUGGGCCAGGCAUUGUCUUUCCGUGUCUCGAGCAGUGACCGUAGAUCUUCAACUUCUUGGAAUAUUGCACCUCCUAAUUGGCAAUUUGGUCAAACUUUCACUGGAAAGAAUUUUAGAGUCUAA